UACACACAUGGCAGAGGAAGCUACAGAGGAAGAGGUGAUGGCAGAGGUAGUGGACAGCCAUAUGGACAGCACCAUGGAAGAGGUGGUGGACAGCACUAUGGCAGAGGUAGUGGACAGCCAUAUGGAUAUCAGUAUGGCAGGGGUGGAGGACAGCAGCACGCUAUAUCACCCAAGGCACAUAUGGCAGCAGCUUCAGAGUCAACUACCAGUACCUCUCAGGGACAAUCAAAGGAAGAAGGACAAAAUGAAGCAACCUUUGGGAACUUUGCUCACUAUGUCUACAAAGAUGAAGGAAAGGGAGAGCAGCAAGAAGAUUGGGACUGCAACCAGGCAUAGAGGUCUUUGGCACAUAGAUCGUGACAAGAUGGGGCAUGAUGCUAGUUCUGUGCUUGCUGCGAUUGUUGGAGGAAAGGAGAGUAUGGCACUAGUUCAUCAUUGUCGAAUGGGUCACAUGGCGUUUGACAAAAUGUUUCGAGUUUUUCCUGAUGUAAUGAAUGGAGUGGACAAAACCAAAUUAUGUUGUGAUGCCUGCGAAUAUGCUAAGCAUACGAGAACCUCUUAUGUUAGUAGAGGGAUCGAAGUGUGCAAGUGA